AUGCCGCACUCAAUCCCCGUGCCCUCUACGGGCUUUCAGGCUCUCAUUCUGUGUGGUCCCGGCGUGUCACUCAAUACCUUUACCGCAAACCCUGAAGAAUAUCCCAAAUGUCUUGUCCCAGUGGCUAAUCGGCCAAUGGUAUAUUAUGCCAUUGACUUCCUACGGAGAUCGGGGAUUUCUGACAUCACCUUGAUCACACCUCCUUCUUCUCUCGCUCCGCUCCAGGCUGCCUUGAAGCAAAACCCGCACCUUACAUCCUUCUCCUCCCCCUCGCCGUCCGUCCUCGCGCCGAAGGAGCUCGAACUUACUAUGGGCACCUGUGAACUCCUCCGGUUGCCGGAGGUACAAGCUUGCAUCAAGACCGACUUCCUACUCCUCCCUUGUGAUCUUAUUUGCGAGAUCCCAGGAGAAUCAUUGCUUGAGGCUUGGAUGGUCUCUCAGAGCUCCCUUGGAGGUAGCCUAACUCCAGAGGGGCGCAACGCCCAUGGCCCGGUCACGCGGGGAUCCGGAGGUGAACAGGGGGGUCGCCGAGGAGGUCUUGGUGUAUACUACCAAACGAAGGGCCGGGAGGAAAGCGUGAAGGGUGAGGCCACAGACUUUGUGGCUAUCGCACCGCUCGAGAAGGACGAAGCACCGGCCGUUUCCCACCCGGCCCAAGGCCCAGCCGCUUUACGGUUUGAUCUGUCCAAAGUCGUAAUGUCGAGCCCCAUGGACACGAUCAAGGAAAAGAUGGAAAACGACAAGGGCUUCCUCAUUCGCCAUUCAUUGGUGGAGAAGCAUGCACAGGUCAAGAUGUUGACUAGCUACCGAGAUGCGCACCUUUAUGUCUUCCCCUACUGGGUUAAGGAUCUGGCACGUAAUGAAAAGCUGGAAUCUGUUAGUGAAGACUUGAUCGGCUACUGGGCCAAAUCCGAGUGGCAGAAAGGUCUUGAAGAUAAGCUGGGAAUGACCAAGAUCUUCGAGCGGCAGCGGGAGAACCAAACUCCCGGCGAGACUACAAGCCAUGACGACGAAUCGGUGGAAGAAGAGCUUGACUUGCAGGCCAUGAGCACCACAAAGAGUGGCUCUAGCAUCCCUGAAGCUGGCCUGCCUUCCUAUGCAUCCAGGGUCAAGGCACCAGAGUCAGAGUCAGCCAAGGACCAGAAGCCCUCGAAAUUCCCCCCCAUGCUUGCAUACGUCCAAAGAGGAUCUGCUCCCUUCGUCCGACGUGUCGAUAGCUCCGCUCUCCUGUUGUCUACCUCUCUCCGCCUGGCAAAACUUCCAUCCAUCGAGGAGGUUGGCCGCACCGAGGCUUCACCGUUUGCACACAACCAAAAGAUCGCUCACCCAGAGGGUGUGGCCCAGCGCUGUACCGUCACCAAGUCGGAUUGUCUGCUCGCCGAAAACGUCACCGUGGAGCAAUUUGCAGUGCUUAAGGAGUCUGUUAUCGGAAGUAACUGUCAUAUUUCCAGCGGUGCCCGGAUUACGCGCUGUGUCUUGAUGGACGGCGUCUCCGUCGGGCCAAAGGCAGUCUUGACAGGGUGUCUAGUAGGCCGGAGGGCCAAGAUCGGCCAGAAUUCUCAGCUGAAGGAUUCUGAGGUUCAAGAGUCUUAUGUUGUCCCUGAUGAUACUGAUGCUAAGAAUGAAAAAUUCAUGAUCUUCGAGGGACUUGACGAAGAGGAUGAUAUGGAUGAGGACGAGAACCAAGAUGACUCAGAGUUCUGA